UUAUUUCUCCCACGGCGCGUGGAAACGGUGGGUGUCGUGGGUUAGAUGGCCGACUCGCUGUUGCAACAGGCACUUUGAACGCUCGCUCCCGUCGCUCGAGCGGCGAAAUCUUUUACAUUUUUCACAUUUUUGGAGAAGAAGGCUGCUCCUACGCCCCUUUUAAAAGCGCCACAUGCCGCGUGCUCCGUGUCAGAUCCCCAGAAACACCCACCAGGGAUUUAAGCUUAAACUAAAAACAAAAAAUAAAAACAAACAAACAAAAAAAAACAUCUACCUCGGAAAACAGUUUUGGACAACAUGACGACUGUUCGCGUCGCUCUUUUUCUAUCUCUAGUUGAUUUGGUCUACACUUGGGAGAUUUCACCGGAGGCUUUUCGGACCACCUCGACGAAAACCACCGGGGAGACUUGUUGCUUCGCCACCUUGGACGUUGUUUUUUCAAAUCGCCGUCGAAGUUCUGUGUCUCACCCUAGUUUGGUCCAGGCUUUAGCUUGGAGAGCCCAACCGCCAACAUUGAUCCCAGCAGCUGGAGCGGUAGCGAAAGCCCUGCCGAAGACAUGGAGAGAAUGAGCGAUUCGGCAGACAAGCCUGUGGACAACGACGCAGAAGGCGUGUGGAGUCCUGACAUCGAACAGAGCUUCCAAGAGGCCUUGGCUAUUUACCCUCCUUGUGGACGUCGAAAGAUCAUCCUGUCAGAUGAGGGGAAGAUGUAUGGUCGGAAUGAGCUGAUUGCCAGAUAUAUCAAGCUUCGGACUGGAAAGACGAGAACUCGCAAGCAGGUGUCUAGUCACAUACAGGUCUUAGCAAGAAAGAAAGUUCGAGAAAUCCAAGCUGCCAUUAAGGUACGUCUGGCUUUGCCCAGUUACAGGGGGCUUUUCAUUGCUAUGGUUACAGGCUCUUCCUUUGUUUUCCUCCCCUCCCCUACCCCGCAGGUGUCUAGUCACAUUCAGGUUCUAGCCAGAAGGAAAUCUCGUGAGUUUCAUUCCAAGCUAAAGGACCAGUCGGUAAAGGACAAAGCCCUCCAGAGCAUGGCCUCCAUGUCGUCAGCUCAGAUCGUCUCUGCCACGGCUAUUCACAACAAACUGGGACUGCCCGGCAUCCCGCAUCCAGCAUUCCCCGGAGCAGGGAUAUGGCAAGGGAUGAUAUCGAGUCAGCCAGGAUCCUCUCAAGACAUCAAACCCUUCACCCAGCAAGCUUACCCCAUCCAGCCUGCAGUCACAACAGCAAUUUCAAGCUACGAGCCCACAGCCGCUUCGGCUCCGACGGCCCCAGCAUGGCAGGGCCGCUCUAUCGGAACAACCAAAUUGCGACUGGUGGAGUUUUCCGCCUUCCUGGAGCAACAGAGAGACCCAGACUCGUACAACAAGCACCUCUUUGUGCAUAUCGGACAGACAAAUCAUUCCUACAGCGACGCCCUGCUGGAGUCUGUGGACAUUCGUCAGAUUUAUGACAAAUUUCCUGAAAAGAAGGGAGGACUGAAGGAGCUGUAUGGAAAGGGCCCCCAAAAUUCCUUCUUCCUUAUCAAGUUUUGGGCCGACCUAAAUUGCAACAUCCAGGACGAGAACGGCUCUUUCUACGGUGUCACCAGCCAGUACGAAAGCUCAGAGAACAUGACCAUCACAUGCUCCACGAAAGUCUGCUCCUUUGGCAAGCAGGUGGUCGAGAAAGUGGAGACCGAAUAUGCGCGCUUUGAGAACGGACGCUUCGUCUACAGGAUAAGCCGAUCUCCCAUGUGUGAAUACAUGAUCAACUUCAUCCAUAAGCUAAAGCACCUGCCUGAGAAGUACAUGAUGAACAGUGUGCUGGAGAAUUUUACGAUCUUACUGGUGGUGACCAACCGGGAUACGCAGGAGACACUGCUUUGUAUGGCGUGUGUGUUUGAGGUGUCCAACAGCGAGCACGGCGCCCAGCAUCAUAUCUACAGACUGGUAAAAGAAUGAAUCAGCCCCUGGCCUUUUCUGACACACACACACACACACACACACACACACACACACACACACACACACACACACACACACGCACACACACACACACACACACACACUGACCUCCAGACAAGCGGCAGUGCCUCUCGCUGAAAGUCCCACCGACAACACUUAGCGCUCAUUACCUGAAGCCUCUUCUCAUCGUCGUGAGUUGCGGUACAGGGCGUGUUCUUUUCCUUUGAAAAUCUCUUUGAGAGCUCAACCGUGGCGUCGACGUCUGCAGUUUAACUACUUGGUUUUGGUCAGUGGCAUUGUGUGGUUUUUUUUCAUGUGUAUAAUAUGCUACUGGCCUUUUUGUGCCGGUGGCCAGAUGUGGUCUGCGUCAUGUUUGAGUGUGUUGAGCAUACUUGUUUGAUGUACAAGACCUGCAGCCCGAUCGAGCGCCAAAGAAACCAACUUGACACUAAAUAUGCUACUAAGUGACCACUUUCUCUUUUCACCAACCAGCAGUGAAGAAUUGUCCCCCGUUGAAGCACAACAAACGAGACACUACACUCACUCCGCUGCCUUUUCCCGUGGCUUUAGGAAAGCAUUCCAAGCUCCUCAGCGUUUGCCGUUCCUGUCAGGUUGAAGCACUACAAGACUUACGCUGACUCAUCCAAAAGCACUUUGUUUCCUCUGUUCUUGAGUCAUCACAACACUAGCAAAUCGUCACGUAUCAUGUCAUGACAGCAAGCCGCAUUUACCUUGUGGCGUCCCCCGAGAUGAGGAGCAUUCCCGGCAUGAUCUGAGUCAGAGCGUCGCUGCCCCGACAUUGCGCGCCCGUUAUCGUGGCCUAUGCCAUCCCCAAGCCUUAAACACGCGACAUCUGUGCGAUCUCCAAGAGACGCGACGAAAACUGUGAUCCUCGUAAAGACGCCGGCCUGUCGGAGUCGCGGUGCGAGUGUCCUGAUACGGUCUGCCUAAGUGUGAAGAGUACAGUGCCUUAGCGUAUUUAGUCCAACUUUAUCCAGCAUUCUGAUUUGACGUCAGGCUGAUCCGGGGCAAAAUCAUCAAGCAGUACACUCCGCUAUUUUGAGAUUCACCACGAAAAAAAUGCCUCAGAUGAUGCUAAAGUUGUAUUUUCCUCUGUAAAAGUCCUACUCUCUAAAUGUCACCUUUUUUUCUAAGAAGUCUGAUUGACUUGCCGUAUGGUAAAGGCAUAAGACCCCCCCCAAAAAAAAAUCUAACAAACAACAAAACACAUACACACACAUUCUCUUGCUCUCUUAUUGUGUUGUGCGUAGUAGCAAAAAGUGCCUUUGCUUUACAAUUUCCAAUUCAAACUGACACAAAAAGAAACUGUGGCUUGACCAAAAAUGAGAUCGACCCGAGUACCGAAUUGCCUUUUUCUUAAAGCAGGGAUGGGGAACACAGCGUUUCAUCUGGCCCGCAUGUCAUUCAUAAAAACAAAUACAACAAAAAACAUUUCCACAUAAUGCUCAAAAUGGAUUCUGAACAAAACCGCACAUGCGACAAUUGCUUUGCUCCCGUGUUUCAUGAGCUGAACUCAAAAGAGCCAUGAGUUUUUUUGAACACCAAACGCCAUUUCUCUCAAAUGUUCAAAAAAAUCUGCCGCUCAUCUCAAAUCAGUGCCUUGACAUGCCACACCUGUGAAAUUAAUGAAUUGGUCCGGCAAAGGAGAGAUGCUCACAAAAAUAGAUUGAGUCACGUUUCUGGGCAAUAUUUGAGAGAAAUAGGCCUUUUGCAUCCAGGCGAAAAAGCUGGAAAAGCUCCUGGAAAAAAAAUGGGUGCAAAAACAAAAGUGUGGCAUUUGCGCACAGAAAUAAGAAUAAAUUACAUCACAUUUUUUCAUUAGAAAAAAAAAAAAGAGCAUGUCCCUCAGAGGACUUGUACUCAAAAAAGGUUCCUCAUCCUCGUCAUCCUGUUCACUAGUCGAUGGUUCGCUCAUAUUUGGAUUUUACGCAGCUACAUGACUUUUUCACACAACAGUAAAUGCUAUUCAGUAGGCAUAGGCAGAACCUUAUUCUGUGUAAAAAAAAAAAAAAUCCUUAUCAGUUGGGCCGUGUGCUGCAGUACACUUGCGGGUUCAAGUGUUUUGCCCUAAAAACAAGUUUCUGAAUCUUGUUUCCCUGCAAAAACCAGGCUGUUCUUUUUUUUUUUUCUUCUUUUCAACAAAACAAAAAAAAAGUUUUAAAGAGUGGACAAGAGCCACAUGUGUCUACACUGUUUCUUAAAGAGAAAAUGGUCUGUGGUGGAUGCACGAAAAAAAAAAGUGUACAAUCAGUGUUUUGCCACCACAGUCUUAAGAACACUGUGCUCUUCUAUGAGACGUAUCUGUUCAUGUAUUGAUCUGUACCCGUUUUCUUCUCGUACUUGUAUGCAGUCGUACGGUUGCGUGUUGACAUGGUCUGUGUAUUGAGAUGCUCAUUGUUUUACCGCUGGUACAAUACAUGUUGACGUGUGGAUUCAGCGCUGCAACGACAGGAUCGAUGCCUUCCGAGGCGUCAAUGUUUGCACCCCCCUUUUGUCAUAGAAAACUGACGUUUUAAAAGCAUGGAAAAAUAAAUCGACAGCUAACACGUUUGACUCGGGGCUGCAAGAGCAUCGGCAGUAUUUUGUUAUUUGUAUUUUUUGGCAAAGGAAUAAGGUACUGGUACCGUUCUGUUUUUUCUGAUCAUUUUCAAGUUGUGGCUUUAACGUGAUUUGACUUCACAUCGCUCACACACACUUUAUGUUUUGUGUGCACCCUUGUUCAUGUAAAAAGGUGCUUUGUACAAAAAAAA